ACACAUAUUAAAGAGAAUAAAUGAAGGGUGGAAGGAGAGAAUGAAAUAUUGGGGAAGGGGUAAUUGAGGUUUUAGAUAGAGUAGAUGGAAAAAAGCCUCACUGAGAAGAUGACUUGAGCAAAGAACCAAAGGAAAGCUGUCUGGGGGAAGAGCACUCCAGAAACUGCAAGUGCAAAGGCACUGAGGCAGGAGCGUGUCUGGUAAUUCAAGAUUCUGUAGUGACCACUGCACAGACCAGAUUCCACUUGCUCAUGCACCUCACUGAGCUCCUCUGCAACCAUGUCUGAUGAACCCAAAAUGACUAAGAUGGAGAAAUUCCAUAAGCUGAAACUGAGUAAGACAGAAAGGCAAGUGAGAAAUCCACUGCCUUCCAAAGAAACGAUGGAAUAGGAGAAGCAAGAAGGCGAAUCGUAAUGAGAUGGGCACCACCAAUACACACUGUGUGUUCCGCAAGUAUCGCCUUCUUAUUUUACUUCUUUUAACUGUUUAACUUUGUAAGAUGCAAAGAGGUUGGAUCAAGUUAAAAAUGGCUAUGUUGCCCCUUUCACAUCAAAGAAUCCAGGACUACUGAAGAUAAAGGCUGUGCCUGCCUCUCCCUCCUGCCUGUCUGGCCAGCAGGGAAGGAAAAGAACUUGCAUGUUGGUGAAGGAGGAAAUGGAGUGGGAGGACAGUGGAAUCUAGAAUAAAGCCAAGCUGGACCCAGGUGCCUGCAGGCUGCAAAAUGCAGUUUAAUCAUAGUGCCAUUUUUUGUUGUUGUUCAAAUGAUUUUAAUUACAGAAAGGCAAAAUUAUUUUUUAAAU